CUAGCUUCAGUGCAAAUAGUUUUCAAAUGGUAACGCUGCCGCUGUCUGCAGAUUCGCAAUAUAUCGCUAUUGGAAGAAGUUAUACAUUUGAUUAGUUUUCCUUUUCUAUAGCUAUUAUUUCAAGGUUUUGAUGGAGACUGAUAGCAGUGAUGAAGACCAGAAUGAGGGAGAAGAAGGAACUCUUUUACCUAAGGAUCCUGACUUUGAGAGAAAUCUAAAACCACAAAUGGACACCAUCUUUGCAGAAAUUGAAAAAUCGCUUCCCACCAUUGAUUUUGACUUGUCAGAUUUGUCAUCAGACUCUGAGGAACCUGUGAUCCUUCAUCGUAGUCUGCUAAAGUCUGCAGAGGUUGAUUUUGAUGAUGAGAAGGAUCUUGACACUAGCCUCAGUGGAGAGUCAGCCACAGAUGUUUUCAAAGAUCAUCCUGGAUUCCUUCACAUUCCUGAUUUUGACAAAAACUCAGGGUCUGCUUGCUUUUCAGGACUGGCUUUUGACAAUGAUAUUGCAGCAUUGCUGUCUGCUUGUGAUAGUGGACAUAAUGAAGUCACGAGCUGGAAGGAUCUAGAAAAGGUUGUACAAGAAGAUAAAGGAAUGCAGAAAGCUAAAUUAAACCAGAAGGACAAGAAGAAAGAAGCUAGUUUUCAAGAUCAAGUCAUGAAGGAGACCCAUCAAUAUAAGAGCGAAGAACAAUCUGCAGAAGAUGAGAGCAGGCAGGUGACUGUUGCAGAAACUGGAGAGUUUUUAGUUGCCAAAAUCAAGGAAAACAGUGUUAGAAACCUUUCUCCAUCUGGUGGCAGAAUAGUUGAUACACAGUUCAUUUCCAUUCAUCCCACUUUGUCAAAUGUUGGAUCAGGCACCCAAGAUUGGUCCUCUGACCAGGAUAGCAAUAAAGGAGCAGAAGGAGAAGAAAUGUCAUCAAGGCAACAAAGGAAUAAAAGAACAAGACAUAACAAAGAAACACUGCAGCAGAACAGGCACCAUACCACAGAUCGGGCCAUGAAAUACAGCUCCACAAUACCACGCUUGUCAUUUGACCUAUUAAAUAACAUUGACUUUGACAACCUAACACUGAAUAACAAAGGAAUUGAAGAGUGGCAGACAACUCGAGCUGUUGGAUCUCCUGACUCAUUUGAAGAAGAGUCUGAUGGCUUGACAGUAAUACAGAAGCUGGCCAGAUGUUCAAUGGAACAGGCUGGUAAGCCUUGUGACCUCUCUGCCUUUGACCCUCAGACAGGAGCAUCUUUGGUUGCCACGACCUCGACUUUAUCCCAGUCCACAGUUUCUUUAGCCACAUCCCCUUCAUCCUUGACAUCUGUUAAUAAGUGUGGUCUUAAGGAGAUAACUGGAUCUUCAACUGGAGCUUGCCCUGACACAGAUGGAAGAUUUGAAAGUAAUGUUUGGUCUAAAAACAAAACAAUGACUGAUAGAAUCAUAUCAUCACAUAGCAUGCAUGCCAGACAUGAGGUAAAGCAAUGGUCUGAGCCAAAGACUGUGUACAUUGACCUUCGUGGAUUUGACCAGCACCGGGAGGAGGAGAAAGAAUGUUUGGCCAGUGUGAAGAGAGUGCUUGGACUUGAACAGGAGAGCAACAGGGAAGAUUCUAGCGAUUCUGAGGACGAUGAAAGUUGGAUACAGAGAAGACAGAGAAUAAAGAAAAGUAUAAUGUCCAGAGGCAUUUCUACAUCAGCUUCCUCCUCACUGUCUUCUCCCAUUGACAGUGCCAAACAAUCAAAGCAGAGGCAAAACAUGGACAUCAAAAACAAGUCAGCUGUAACAACAGAAGGAUUGUGUGAUGUGCCAGUCUCAGUUCACACAUUGCCAUCCAGCACCAUACAAAGAUUUGACUUGAAUGGAGCCACUCACACUAUGACAGAAGAGGGCCAUAGUCUGGCAACCACAACCUUCCCAUUGCCGACAUAUAGCAGCAUGGGUGUCUCCACACAAGAGGAUGAUAGUGAUGAUAAACAAAGGGUAGAGGGUGAUUCCAGAAAACUCAGCCCAAGAUCAAAAGUCACUGAUAGUUGUUGCAAAAGCAAAGACCAGCAGAACAGAUUUUUUGCAGGAGAUGAGAAAUCAAGUCACCAAGGGACAAAAAGAUCCCAACACAUUCAAACUACUUGUGACAAAAUGUUGCAAAUCCAAGACACAUCUAUCAAGACAACAGUAUUGAGUGGUACAGUGGUCACUCCUACAAGCUACAAGUUUAAUGACACCUCUACAUCUUCAAAAGAUACCUAUGAACAGAUGACCAGUGCAUCCGGAGGCAACAUUUCUGAAAGAGCCGAUGAUAGUUGCUGUUCAAGGACUGAAGUAGCCAUGAUGAAGGAGCAGGAAAGAGAAAAACAACGCGGGGCAGAUAGGCUUGAACGUGAGAAACGAGAAAAAGAGAAGUCUGCCAAACUUCGAAUGGGCCACAGCUUGGAAGGCCUGCGCCCUACAGCUUGUGUAAGUGGAACACAACCAUGUGCAGAAAAUACACCUGUACUUUUUGACAUGAACACUUCCUAUGAGCCUCGCAUACCAGUUCUGCCAACCUCACUACAAGGAGAGCCAACAAUGCUGAUUACAGUCACCCUUUCCAGCAAUGGUGAGAUUGCAGCCUUCAGCUCACAUGCAAACAAGAGCAUUGAUAAAAAAAUGAAUAAUUUGUCCAGAAGCUACUUGUCGCUUGUAUGCUGGCUGUUGAGUUUAAUACCUCCCAACUUUGACCAAGUAAAGCAGUAUCUACUGCCGCAGAUGAGUUGUCCUGUGUACCCUGAGACAUUCCCACCUUUCCAUGUGAUUGGAAUGCAGCAGCUUUGGGUAAAUGAGUCACUCUGUUUAGCCAUCCUUGUGUGCCCUUCUCCAGUCUACUGUCUGCAGAAAGAUGAUAAAAAAGAACUUUCUAAUUUAAGGAAAACAAAGAAAGGUGACAACACAUCAAAGUUCUACAAGUUUGUAGAUACCUUCCUGUCCCGAAACUCACUAAGCAGUGUGAGGUGUUGGAAACAGUACAUCAGCCCGCCAGAUACAUCUUCUGCAGUAGAUCAGGAAGCUGAAGAAGAGUUUGAACCUCCACUGGCUUUCAACAAGCUAGGUUCAUCGGUCUGCAACAAGCCAUUGUCCUCGUUCAUGCAGAUCCAUACAGAUGUCAGUGCUACAGACAAGAUUUUCAACAAAGAUGUUGGCUUUUUCUGGCAGACUGUAGACUCACAAGAAAGCUUUUAUGAACAUGGAGCAGGUCAUAUGAGUGGGGAGAAUAUUCUACAGAACACUGUUGUUAUUCUGCAUCAUGAAGCCCUCUUUUUGCCAAAGCUGGUUUAUACACUUCUGGAGACAGUGACUUUCAACUGCUGUGACAUCUGUGGUUUGCGUGUUUUGUAUCCGGAUGAAAAAGUCAACGGCAACUUAAUGUCUAUAUUUGGUACAUACAUGGAUUCUACACAGAGGUUUUAUGGUGUGUCGCCAGCAUUGGCUCUUGCCAUUCGAGGCCCCAAUGCACAAGACAAAGUAGCAAAAAUUAUUGGUCCUUUGGACUACAGAAUUGCUAUCCAGACAGACCCAGAUUGCUUGUCAGCUGUGUUUGGAAACUUAAGAAGCAGGCUCAACAUUCAUCAUGUGAGAAUUCUAGACCACACCACCAGUGAAUUGGUGUUUUGGUUUGGGGGUCGCAUUUCCAAGGGUGCCAGCAUGGAUGUGGGUUUACCAUACAAACCAAAAGAUAGCAUGCCUAAUGCUGUAUCCAGCAGCUCCUCAUCAGGCCAGCCUCAUUCCAAGAGCAAGAAAGGAAAGCGGCAAAGUGGAGUUGAUGCAGAAGAGUUUUUGAUGCAAGAAGCACCCCCUAGACCUCCUGCAGCUCUCAGUGGAACUACAAAAAGCCAUGUCAUCUUGGUUAUUGCGCCAGUUGUGCCAGUAUCUGUGUUGGGGCUGCUAAUACAAGCAGUUCAGCAGAAAGCUGGGUUUCAGCCUCGAGGGAUUCGUCGCUUGUGUCUAUCAGUGCGACGUGCAACAAACAUUGGGAUUCCAGAUGAGCACCACAGUGUGUUCUGCCCGGGCAUCAAUUUAGAGUUUGCUGCUCUGGACAGCACAAAACAGCAACAAGACAGUUUAAGCCCUUGUACAGUGCUCAUUCUCGAAAGAGAGAAUGCUUCACACCAUACUGCAGCUCUUUGUGAAAUGCUGGGAAUUGAGCUUAAAUCUCAAUAUAUCCUGAGUAAAAUAAAAGCCCGGACAGGAAGUACAGUUGAAACAGAACACUUGCUUCAUGUGCUGGAUUAUUCUGAAGCUGUUCUAGCUACACUUGGUGGCCACUUCAGUAAGUGCCCAGAGUUUGAUCCAUGUGGCAGUUGUGGGAGUCAUGACCAUCUGUACAGCAACAGUGAACUGGAGCAGGUGGUGGUUCUCCUACUGCUUGGCAGAGAACUGCUGAAGGAAUGGGGAGUGUUUCUAAGACAACUUCAGUCACAAACAUCUGUAUCACUUGUAGACCAGACAGAAUGGUGUGACUAUGAAUUGCUUGGAAUAAAGUGGCUUCCUCAUUUGUCACCCUUCCAGGCAAGAGAGGUAACUCCAUUUGAACUGGGUGAUAAGGACUGGAAAAGCAGUGUUCAUUUCCUUUCAACAGCCCCAGCACUGGUUCUGGCUCUUCGGGGUGUCAAUGCAUUCCAAAAGCUGGAACAUUUUCUCUCUCCCGGAGCAAACCACUGCAGCCAAGCAAAUUUUGAAUCAGCAACUUUGAAAUCUUGCACUUUACACAAAGUGCAACAUCCAAUGAAGCUGAUGACCAAGAGUGCUGAUGAAGCCUACACUUUGCUACGGUUAUUUUUUGGGAGUGAUGAAAUUUUUCCAGAUGCUGACUGUCGGUGUCUGCUACAGUACCUUCCGGAGUCCCGUCACUACCACAGUAGUAGUGAAUGGAACCAACUAAGAAAUGCUGAAAGACUGAAGUCAAAGCUGCUUCCUAGACCUAAGGACUUGCCAGGUGUGCGUCAGGAGUUGAUAUUUGAGCAACUGUUGAGUGGUCCUUCACCGAUUACUACCUUUCUACUCAUCAAGCCGGGUGCAGCCACAAAACACCUGGCCAAGAUUGUGCGCAAGGUUGUGCACGAGGGAUUCAGAAUAGUGGGUCUUCAUCAAGCAGUUAUGACCAGGUCGCUGGCUUGCAGCUUUCUGGAGCUGGACUAUCAGGUCUCUGCACAAGAACUGGAAACCCAUUUGGAUUAUCUGACUUCAGCACCAAGCAUAUACUUGUGUCUUUACCGUGAGAAUGCUGUCAAAAAACUCAUUGAUUUGAUUGGACCAGAAGAUCCACAACUUGCAAGGCAACAGAACCAGUUCUACUGGAGAGGAGUUGUUGGGAUAGAUGUUGUGCACAAUGGUUUAUAUGCAUCUCGCUCAUAUAUAGAGUCAGUGUGGGACCAGAAGACAUUUUUCCCAGAUGGUCUGUGUUGUCUCAGGACUCAGGAACUAGCAAAUGAGCAGAUCACUUGUCCUGCAGUGGACACAGAAAUGGAUGUGAACUUUGCCCAGCACAGGCAUACUGUACACAACAUGGCAAGCAAGCAUGCCAGGGACCCCCAGAUUUCUAUGGUACAUUUGCUGCUCAUGCAGACUACAUGCCUUGUGCUGCCCCCUAAACUGCUUGCCACCGUGCCAGAUGCCAGAGAUGCCCCUUUCGUUUACAUCCUUGACACGCUGCUGAGCCGAGGUUUUGAGGUGGUGGGGGCACGCAUGGUUUGGAUGAACGUGCAACAAGCGCAGCAGUUGCUGCAUGUGAUGCAUGGCGGCAGUUUUCAGGCGGUGACUGACUUGACAUCUGGCCCCUGUCUGGUUCUGGCUUUAGACCGAGAUAAUGCUGUCUUGGCCUUUGACAUCACUUUUGGCGGGAGCGGAGACCCAGGAUCGGUGCUGUCAAUGUAUGGCAAAGAUAUAUUCAGGCCGGCUGACCUUGAACAGGCAAACCAGCUGUUGGCGCUGUUUUUCAGAGAACUCAUGCCUGGCAGCCACAUGGAGAUUCGUGGAGUGCAAGAAAUAAGUUCAGGAGCCAGCAGCAAGUCUUCGAUGUAACCUAGCGUAUCGGAGGCCAUUUGAU